CAACUAUGAUGGAAACCAAAGCCACCAGCCUCACAGAGCUUCCGCUCGACGUGCUUGUCCUUAUUCUUCCAUAUCUAGAGGCAAGCGACUUCCUCGCGCUCUGCCGUACGUGUAAAGCGCUAUAUUCAAUUCGCGAUGACCCCACGUACUGGAGCUACCAGACUCGAAGCACUUUCCGCGUUCCCAACAAGCCGGUGGUUCAGAAUGAUGGUGCUCGAUGGCAAAAGAUGUAUCGCCGAAUGCUCACCCAAAGCCGGGUCUACACGUGGGGCUCCAACGCCAACUAUCGACUCGGACAUUCAUAUGCACCCUUGACUGCUGGCGGUCCCCAUCGGAAUAUGGGGAUGAAUCUGGGGUUCACAAGGAGACAGCUUCGAUGCUACACUCCCAAGGAGAUGGAGCAUACACGAGAAUUGGGUAUCAUAUCGGACCUACAGUGUGGAGGGUGGUCCACUACCAUUCUGACAUCAACUGGUACGCUACAUACCGCCGGUAAUCUUGAUGGAGAGCGUUGGACAAGUGACGACGGCCGGCUUCAACCUUUGCGCUUUCCUACGAGUCAUACAAACGACGUGGCCCACAACGAGCCGACAGUCGCAAUUCGACAGUUCUCGGCUGGGCGAUCACACAUUCUAGGAUUAUCAGAUAGUGGGAGGAUAUGGGCUUGGUCUGAUACGUCCCAGCCCGCAAUGCAGAUCAAGUUCGACAGUGUGGACCUGUCAGAGUCCAGUACGACCACAGCCACUCAGUCAUUGCAAUAUGGCCAAGUCAAACAAGUUGUUGCAGGAUGGUCAUGUAGCUCAGCGUAUAUACAAGGGAUCGGCAUUGUUUUAUGGAGUCCAGUGCGAUCCGAUCCAAACGAAGACACGGACACCAUGCUUGUCAUUCAAAGUUCCGAGAUUCCCAGGACCGGUUAUCAGCGCACUCGAGGGGCUACCCGGCAGAAAGAUCAAGACAGAACGCUAGGCGAGGAAGUCGGGGCUGUGCUCAACUACAUUAUAUUGGAGAACUAUGUCGUAUUCGUGACUGACAUAGGCAAAGUAUUCUGUACACGACUCGGCGAAGGCAACGCUGUCGGCGAAAUUCUUGAGCUAAGAGCUCUAAACAAUCAGAGCAGAGAUGCGACUGAUGUUCAAGGCUCGUUCCGCCGGUUUGCUAUAUUCAAGCACGGAGAAGUUAUUGUUGUUCAUCAAGAUUAUCUCCAGGAAUGCUGGAAUGCACGAAGAACGAACCCCGAACAGAUAGGCAUAAAGGGCCUGGACGCAGUUCCUGCACUUCAGCACAACGAUGUCAUAUCCAUCGCGUUCGGCGAUUAUCACUUUCACGCCUUGCAUUCUUCGGGAAAGAUCACUUCUUACGGAAGUGAGGUUCAGUCUUGCGGUGCUCUUGGCCUAGGAGCAAAUGGAGGUCCCACCGGUCGUUUGAGGGGAAUCGAAUACCAAGGUCCCUUGCGAAAUUCACAACUCCUGCCUCAUGCAUACACACAUGGACGUCAAGUAUGGUUCCGUCCAGAGCAAAGCGAGUGGUUAGCAGUCAUGGAUGCAGAAGGGGAGGGCAAAGAGUGGAAAGAGUUUUUUUCAGCCAACCGUAACGUGCAAGGCGAAGUCAGUGAAUGGGUUGAGCAAGAAGGGAGAGCAUGGGAUAGUGCAAAGGGUGAUGAUGGCCUCGGAGCGUACUUUGCACUCCAUGUUAGUGCCGCAGGUUGGCAUUCGGGCGCAGUUGUGCUCGUGAAUGAAGAAUUGGAGAAGGAAGCAGUGUAUAACUGGAAAGAUGCGACAUUUCCUCGACUAAAAUUGAGCGAUGGAACCGAGAUGCCCGGCACGAAAGACUUGGACGAAUGGCGGGAGGGUAUACCAGGAUGGCAGCUAGAUGUGCAGGUUUGA